AUGACGAUAUUGGACAAGAUUCUUGUCGCGCUGAAGUUGAAGGCCCCGCCGACCGGGGAGCCCGAGGAACCGGCGCCAAAAGACGUGCAAGAGUUGAUUGAUCGGCUGCCGACAGCCUACCACGAAUUCCGGAAAGAAGAAGAUCCCUACAAGCUCGCCACAACAGUUAUAUUUAUUGAGGAUGAUGUGCGGAAGAUUGACCUAGAAAUUACGGUCCAUUUGGUCCCAACGAGCGCCCAGUUGAUUGACAAAUUGGCAAAAAUCGACGAGCAGACGAUACAACGGCUCAAUGAAAUUGAUCCACCAACGACGCUGAAUAUUCGAUGGAAUACGCGGAUCCACGGGAUACGAUCCCUUGAUCAACUACAAGGUACGAAAGAGCGAAGUUUGGACAUCCAUUUGGCGCUUGUUGAUCCGGCUGAUUGGUAUGAUAUAAUGCAGUGGACGUUGAUCCAAGUGGGCGACGAUUUGGAGAAGACCGGCCAGCGGAUCGGGUCGUUGGUUUGGGAGGUUGUAAUCGACAUGCCCCACCUCGAGGCCAUCGUCAAACGCGAUCAGCGCGAGCAGAUGAACGCCUGGCAAAUUGCCGCUCCGCCACUUUCUCACCAGAAACGUCUCGUUUGGGACAGCGCAGCUCUCUCACAAAACUACAUCGUCCAGAUCAUCUUCUUGCAUCAGAACGCUGCUGCUGAUGAGGAGAUGCUUCAAAAGGCCAAGAAAACGCAAGAGUACGUCGUCCGUUUUGCCAACGCCGUAAAGAAUGCUACUUCUUUGACG